GUGUCAUAGGAAGAGAGUGAUUGAACGGUCUGAUUCGCCACCUCCACCACUGGUUGCGAAAGGAGAGGGAAAUGGUAACAAAGUGAACGGAGAAGCUCAAGAAGAGGUCGAUGACGAAGAAGAUGAUGAUGAUGAUGCUUCCAAGGGGAGAGGAAAGCAUUCACGCCAUGUUGAAGUUCGUCGUGAUUGUCCUUAUCUUGACACUGUUAAUCGUCAGGUGUUGGAUUUUCAUUUUGAGAGGUUUUGCUCUGUGUCCUUGUCCAAUCUGAAUGUAUAUGCAUGCCUUGUUUGUGGAAAGUACUUCCAAGGAAGAAGCCAGAAGUCUCAUGCUUAUACGCAUAGCUUAGAAGCAGGACACCACGUUUACAUCAAUCUUCUGACAGAGAAGGUUUAUUGUCUUCCUGAUAGUUACGAGAUCAAUGACCCUUCUUUGGAUGACAUUCGCCAUGUUUUAAACCCAAGGUUUAGUAGAGCACAAGUAAACGAGCUUGACAAGAAUAGGCAGUGGUCUAGGGCUCUUGAUGGCUCCGACUAUCUUCCAGGAAUGGUGGGGUUGAACAACAUACAAAAGACAGAGUUUGUGAAUGUUACAAUCCAGUCGUUGAUGAGAGUUACUCCUUUAAGGAAUUUCUUCCACAUUCCUGAAAAUUAUCAGCACUGCAAGUCUCCUCUUGUUCACUGUUUUGGGGAACUAACUCGCAAGAUUUGGCAUGCUCGAAACUUUAAAGGACAGGUGAGUCCACAUGAGUUCUUGCAAGCUGUCAUGAAAGCCAGCAAGAAACGCUUUCGGAUUGGCCAACAAUCAGAUCCAGUAGAGUUUAUGUCGUGGCUCCUCAACACUUUGCACAUGGAUCUUAGAACUUCAAAGGACGCCAGCAGUAUCAUCCACAAGUGCUUCCAGGGUGAGUUGGAGGUUGUGAAAGAGUUUCAAGGCAAUGAAAACAAAGAAAUCUCCAGGAUGUCUUUUCUGAUGCUCGGUCUAGAUUUGCCACCGCCUCCUCUUUUCAAAGAUGUCAUGGAGAAAAACAUUAUUCCGCAGGUUGCUCUAUUUGAUUUAUUGAAGAAGUUUGAUGGAGAAACUGUGACAGAGGUGGUUCGGCCUAAGCUGGCCAGAAUGAGAUACCGUGUAAUCAAAUCUCCUCGUUACUUGAUGUUCCAUAUGGUUCGGUUCAAGAAGAAUAACUUCUUCAAAGAGAAGAACCCUACAUUGGUUAACUUCCCAGUGAAGGACAUGGAGCUUAGGGAUUACAUACCAUCAUUGCCUAGAGCACCAGAAGGGGAGAAGGUGUGUUCUUCUUUGUUUGUCUAUUAG